AUGGGCACGCCGCUGCCCGGCCGCGCGGGCGGACCCGCCACGCCGCUGUCGCCCACGCGCUUGUCGCGGCUGCAGGAGAAGGAGGAGCUGCGCGAGCUCAAUGACCGCCUGGCGCACUACAUCGACCGCGUCCGCGCGCUCGAGCUCGAGAACGACCGGCUCCUGCUCAAGAUCUCCGAGAGGGAGGAGGUGACCACGCGCGAGGUGAGCGGCCUCAAGACGCUGUACGAGUCGGAGCUGGCCGACGCCCGCAGGGUGCUGGACGAGACGGCCCGAGAGCGGGCCCGGCUGCAGAUCGAGCUGGGGAAGGUGAAGGCCGAGCUGGAAGAGACCAACAAAAGCUCCAAGAAGAGGGAGGGCGAGCUCACGGUGGCCCAGGGCCGUGUGAAGGAUCUGGAGUCCCUGUUCCACCGGAGCGAGGCGGAGCUGGCCGCCGCCCUCAGCGACAAGCGGGGCCUUGAGAGCAACGUGGCGGAGCUGCGGGCCCAGCUGGCGAAGGCGGAGGACGGUCACGCGGUGGCCAAAAAGCAGCUGGAGAAGGAGACGCUGAUGCGCGUGGACCUGGAGAACCGCUGCCAGAGCCUGCAGGAGGAACUCGACUUCCGGAAGAACGUCUUUGAGGAGGAGGUGCGGGAGACGCGGCGGCGGCACGAGCGCCGCCUGGUGGAGGUGGACAGCAGCCGGCAGCAGGAGUACGACUUCAAGAUGGCCCAGGCGCUGGAGGAGCUGCGCGGCCAGCACGACGAGCAAGUGCGGCUGUACAAGCUGGAGCUGGAGCAGACCUACCAGGCCAAGCUGGACAGCGCCAAGCUGAGCUCUGACCAGAACGAUAAGGCCGCCAGCGCCGCGCGGGAGGAGCUGAAGGAAGCGCGCAUGCGGGUCGAGUCCCUCAGCUACCAGCUGUCCGGCCUCCAGAAGCAGGCCAGUGCCGCGGAGGACCGGAUUCGCGAGCUGGAGGAGACCAUGGCCGGGGAGCGGGACAAGUUCCGCAAGAUGCUGGAUGCCAAGGAACAGGAGAUGACAGAGAUGCGCGACGUGAUGCAGCAGCAGCUGGCCGAGUACCAGGAGCUGCUCGAUGUCAAGCUGGCCCUGGACAUGGAGAUCAGCGCCUACCGCAAGCUCCUGGAGGGCGAGGAGGAGAGGCUGAAGCUGACCCCCAGCCCGUCGUCGCGGAUCACUGUGUCGCGGGCCACGUCGAGCAGCAGCGGCAGCAGCGUGGCGGCGGCCGGGCGCACGGGCCGCGGCAAGCGGAAGCGGCUGGAGGCGGAGGAGUCGCCGGGCUCGAGCGGCAUCGGCUCCGGCGGCGGCGGCGGCGGCGGCGGCGGCGGCGGCGGCAGCGGCUUCCACCUGGCGCAGCAGGCGUCGGCCACGGGCGGCGUGGGCAUCGAGGAGGUCGACCUGGAGGGCAGGUUUGUGCAGCUGAGGAACAGCUCGGACAAGGACCAGUCUCUGGGUAACUGGAGGAUCAAGAGGCAGGUCCUGGAGGGGGAGGAGAUUGCCUACAAGUUUACGCCCAAGUACGUGCUGCGCGCCGGCCAGACCGUCACGGUGUGGGCAGCUGGUGCGGGAGUGGCCCACAGUCCCCCCUCGACACUUGUGUGGAGGAGCCAGAACAGCUGGAGCACAGGCGACAGCUUCCGGACCGUCCUGGUCAACGCGGACGGGGAGGAGGUGGCCAUGAGAACCGUGAAGCAGUCCUCAGUGGUGCGGGAGACGGAGAACGGGGAGGAGGGAGAAGAGGAGGGAGCCGAGUUCGGCGAGGAGGAUCUUUUCCAUCAACAGGGGGACCCAAGGACCACCUCGCGAGGCUGCCGCGUCAUGUGAACGGAACUCGCCUCAUCGCGUCUUUACCCAGAGCCACUGAAAACUAUUUUUAUAUCAUUGGCCGUCUUUAGUCCUUGA